ACACUGUACGAAAAGGAUAAUAUUGUUCGAAAGUGUCCAGAUUGCACAUUUAAAAGGAUUUAAGUUGCUGCUAACAUUGGUUCCCCUGAACCUCUGAGACAUAUGCUGUGACUUCGCAAUGCCUGUGGGUCCAUACGACCAAGACAGUUUUUAUCAGAACACACCAAUCCACACCCCAGAUAGAACUAUAGGCAAUGAAUCGUCUUCAAGUUUACUCAAGUCUGUGAAGGCUCAGGAAGUCCAGUUUAAAAGAAUAACUCAGGAAUUACAAGCUGAGCAGAAGAAUCUUUUACAGUACCAGGGAAGCCCAGGUAAUAUGACUAGUUUUAACACAACAGAAGACUCACUACCCUGGCAAAGCCCCCACUAUCUGGCUGAUUCUAGAAUCCAAGAUGACAGUUUUGUGUCACCAAAAAUGAAUUCCCAUCUAUUGGAUUCUUGUAUGAGAGAAUUAGAAGACAGAGGUACUUUUGGAACUGAUACGAUGGAUUUUGAUAAUUAUGCACACGAGAGUUAUGGGGGGCAUGACCCUGGCAUGUACAGCAGUGAUCCUUAUGGACAAAGGUAUUCUCCCCACCUCCCAAAUGGUGGUCAGUAUUUCCAUGAUGACAGAUCCCCUCAUGGAUCCAGAGUGUCCCUCCAGAGCGGGGGUAGUCACAGAAACCCCUCCAGAAUGGAUAACAAGUCAGGGGUCCAGGGCUCGUUAGGGUCCCUCCACAGACAGGAGCUCCCCCAUGAUAACUAUGCCUCUUACUCCUCCCUCUCCCGGCAGCAGUACAAUGAGGAUCCCCAGGGGUCCCCUCGAGGCCCCACUACCCCUACAAGGUUUAACGGCUAUCAGGACCCGCCGUACGGUAGCGGGGGCCGCUACAGUGUGGCGUCUAAUGAUAGUUUACACCAAGCUGAUCCAUACAGUAUUUAUGAUCCUAGGGAUGCUCCUCCACGAAGUAGAGGGAGUUAUGAUGAAUCUCCUCCUUAUAGCAGCAACCAACACAUGAACCAAGACCCUAGGUACACAGGUCACCCAACUGACGAUCGCUAUGGAGACGCCCCUCCAAGGAGCAGAGGAAGCUAUGAUGAAUCUCCCCCAUACAGCAGUAAUCAACAAAUUAAUCAGGAUCCCAGGUACACAGGUCACCCAGCUGAUGAUCGCUAUGGUGAUCACCCUGGAAACGAUCCCUAUGGUGAUCACCCUGGUAACGAUCGCUAUGGUGAUCACCCUGGUAACGAUCGCUAUGGAGACCCUCACAAUGACUCCCGUUUUAGUGACUCUUUCUAUAGGGACUCUCCAGACAGAAAUAACAUGUAUCCUAGAACUGGUCCUUCCCAGGACAAUUACCAUGACUACCCCCCAGAGGACAGUCGUUUCCAGGACCCCUCCUAUACAGACGACAGAUAUCCAGAGGAUUAUCGAGAAUCACCUGUCCCUAGGAAUCAGGGUUAUGGAGGGGAGGGACCACCAGAUGAUAGGUUUCAAAACAUGUCUCUUAACGAUCCCCAUGGCAACUAUCCUCCAGACGAUAGUUACCCUGGUGACCCCCAGAAUCAGAGCUUUGAUCGCCGGGCUCCUGAUGACCGUUACGGGGAUGAACAGCAAACAUUUGGUGAUUAUGAUGAUCAGCCGUACAGGAAACAUGAAGGACUCCCUCAGGUUCAUAGCGAUCCAUUUGCUGACGAUCCGUUCCAACAACAACAGCAGAGAAGUCGCACACCAACCUCAGUACAUGACCAGUAUGAUUCUAACCCUGACCUGAGAUUCGUACCCCAGGAUGACUUUGAUCCCUACAGUGGUCGUCAUGGUGAAUAUGCCCCAAUGACAGCCCCUAAUUUGGAAUCCCGUCCUGACUUUGAUCAAUCUAACAUGAAUUCUAACCCUGACCUGAGAUAUAUACCCCAGGAUGACUUUGAACCUUAUGAUGGUCGUCAUGGUGAAUAUGCACCGAUGACACCUCAGAAUCUGGAAUCACGUCCUGACUUUGAUCAUUCUAACAUGAGUGGAUAUAAUGAUCAGCCACCAACACAGUAUGAUGAUCGCUAUAGUAACGAUGGCCGCGGUACCCCACAGAGGGGGAUGUAUGAGGACAACAUCCCGCGAUUAGAGGCCGCCCUCGUAAACGCACCAUCCAGGGAGCAUUUCUCUGACGGCAGGCGUACACCAUCAAUACAAGGAGAGGGAAAUAGCUGGCGACCUCCUGACCUACAGGAAGUAAUUGAUUACCUGAGUCAUCCUAACAAUCAGGUCAAGGCCAAUGCUGCUGCCUACUUACAGCAUUUGUGUUACACAGACCAGGAUAUCAAGGUCAAAACCAGGGGUCUUGAUGGGAUCCCCCCACUUGUGGAGCUGUUACACAGUGAUUACCCUGAGGUCCAGAAGAAUGCCUGCGGGGCCCUCAAAAAUCUGUCCUACGGCCGAGGACCUGCAGGAACGGAUAAUAAGAAAGCAAUCGCCAAUGCAGGUGGAAUUACGGAGUUAAUUCGUCUUAUACGUAAAACUCGGGAAGAAGAAAUCAAGGAAUUGGUGACAGGCAUUUUGUGGAAUCUUUCGUCUUGUGAGGAGCUGAAGCCGAAGAUAAUCGCGGAGGGGUUACCAGACAUAGUCAGUCAUGUCAUUGUACCAUACUCCGGCUGGGAACAACGUAAGAUGAUGGAGUAUGAACCAUGGACUACAGUGUACAAAAAUGCAACAGGAAUCAUCAGAAAUCUGAGUUCAGCGUAUAAAGACGAUGAAAUGAGGGGUUAUGACACGAGAAAUAAACUAAGAGAGAGCAGUCGAUUAGUGAACAGUUUAAUUUAUACUCUCAAAAUCUCUAGAGACAAAAGGGAUCGUGAAAAUAAAAUUGUGGAGAACUGUAUGUGUGCUUUACGGAAUCUCUCAUUCCGAAUUCAAGAAGUGACAGAACAGGACUUUUAUAAAAAACGAACAGAGACGUUAAAACGUCGCCAGCAGCCAGACAAGGAAACAACAGGGUGCUUUGGAGGGGGAGGAAAUAAGAAGAAGGGAACAGCAGCCAAAAAAGGAAAACCCGACAUGAAUCAAAAUGCUGAGAUACAUCUGCCACCGGGGGCGCAGGAAUUCAAGGCUCUCUGGAAGCAGGAGACAGUCACGCUGUAUCUAGAUAUACUGAAGGAGAGUUCUAACCCAGUAACAGUAGAGGCAGCAGUGGGGGCAGUACAAAACCUAACAGCCUGUUACUGGAAGUUUGCAGAUGAUGCCAGAGCUCUAGUGAGGAUAGAGAAAGGGCUGCCCUCAUUGGUUGAUUUACUGGGUCAAGAUCGAGAUGACCUUGUGUGUCACUCAGCCCUCGCACUACGCAACUUAGCCAUUGAUGAGAGGAAUAAAGAGCUGAUAGGUAAAUAUGCCUUGAAGCCCAUAAUUAACACCCUACCACUGGAGAAACAAAAGGAGAAUGUCCCUGAUAAGACAAUAUGUGCUGCUGUGGCUCUCCUUAUAGAACUACUGAAGAACAGUGUAGACUUCGCACAAAUGUUUGUGAGAGAAAAGGGCAUUCCUAGAUUAAAGUUUGUGAAAUUUGCUCCAGGAAAGUUUCAGAAGAAAACCAAAGACCAAGUACAGAGGCUUCUGGAUAAACUAUGGGAGUUUAAGUCACUUCAUGGGGAGUUGAUACAGAAUGGUCUGACAGAACAGGAGGUGAAGGCCCCAGCCUCAGCCAGCAGACCACCAAACACAGGAGCCCCCAGCACCACCCCUUACAGUACGAUGAGUCGUGGUAUGGAGAGCCAUGGUUAUGAUGAUAACACUUUGUCACCAGGGCGACCAAUGAACAAACCAUAUAUACCUGCCAAUGGGGGUUACCAUGGCAUGGUUCAAGGUCACAGCAACCCUGCCAUGAACGUAGAAGAACCUUACUCCUAUGAUGACAGAAGAAGGGGUGAGGAGAUUCCGAUGAGAGACAUUGGUUAUGCCCCUUUAGAUGAGGACAGGAGGGAAAGGAAAACCCCUGUAGGUGGCGUCCCCCUCUUCCCGGGAUUACAACCACAACAGCAAGCUCAGCCACAAUCUGUGUCACAUGGAGGAGAACCUUUAUAUGCUCAAGUCAAUAAAAACAAACGCAGAGACGACUUAGGCCCUGGUUAUCAGGUGAAUCUAGGUGAACCAGGAAGUCCAGCAGGGGGUGCUGACUCCUGGGUAUAGUGUUUUGUGACAAUAAGUGCUAAGGAAAAUGUAAAACAACAUAUUGGACUCUUCUGCAAUAGAUUACUGAGGAAUGGAUAUACUCAGAGGUUGUGAUCAAUGAGGAGUGGAUGUACACAAGUUGUGAUUGUCAAGGGUUGUGUAAGAUUUUGGAAUUUACCUCCUGAAGGUUGUGAUUAGAGAUUUCUUAUUGUGAAGGAAAAACUUGAAUGAAUUGCAGCAGUAAAACAAAACCCUCUUAACAGAAGAAUGAUCUGAAGAGAAGAUUUGUGACCCUCCUUAAUGAAUAAGCAUUUAUCAAUGCUCACAUGUCUCAUGUCCACAAACUCGUUACCAUGGACUCGAGUUGUGCACCAAGAAGUGAGAUACUGUUGAUUAUGUCUUUUGAUGAACGACUCUUUUGUUGUGCCUGUGAAUGUAUAGCAGUACUAUAUGUAAGCGAUAAGCUGCUAGGACAUUAUUCCAGUAGUAGUCAGCCAUUGGUGAUAUGUAGGCCACCCGAUAUUACUGUUGCUUCAGAUGUAUCAGACAUAUUAUUUAUUAUAGAACAACAUUCCCUUUUAAAAUAAGCAUUUCUCAAAUAUACAUAAUUCAUAGACUGGCUAGUGAAUUUUUUCCAAAGAGUUUUAUCAUAUAUACCCAUGUUUAUAAUGUAUUGUAUUUUUAGCUGAUUAAUGUUAUUUUUUGGGUCAGCUAUUCCAGAUUUUUGUACAUGGUCAUGAGGUUAUUGUAGAUACAGAUAUCAUUUACACUUUUAACAUGAUUUACAAUAUUAGCAUUUCACAAGAUAUUUCCAUCGCACUCUAUGCACUUAAUUGCCUAGCUUCAUUUCUUCUUCACUAAAUAAAAGGUGUGAAAGGCAUUCCACUUAGUGGCCUAUUUGAAGCCUAGGAAUACAGCAAUAUAAAAGUAGUUGUGCAAAGCAUGAGCAAAUUCAACUACAUGGCCAUUACAUGAAUCUUAUCCACCCUACAUAUUGAUCACAGACUUUGGGCAUUAACAUGAUUAAAGUAAAGUGUUGGUGUACAUGGUAUAGUCCUACAUAAUUAUAUAGAGUUGUGGGACUUCUAUUUUCAGCCCAUUUUAUCAUCCAAUAUUUGACAAGUGAUUGUUUGCCAUGUACUUUAGUGCAUAAAAGCACAGUUAAUCAUUGUACCAUACUGCAGCGAUUCGUUAGUCAGUGUUACCAUGGAAAUGUACUUUUAGAAAUUUAUUUUUCUAGAAUAAGGUUGUUAAUGCAUCAUAUCUAUAAAUCAAAUCGGAAUCAUUCUAUCACCACUCAUCAUUUUUUUUAAUAUAUAAAAUAAAUUUUUUUACAAGACCA